UAUCCGAGAUGAUCCAAUACUAGAUUCACUGAUCAAAUCGUAGUACACGUUUAUGAAAACUAGACGCAUCAAAUUAUCCUAGAUUGUUCAAGCGACAUAUAUGAAAUAGGGCCCUGGAUCUGGGUUGGUUAUCCUAUAUUUUUCCAUUUUUCCUCUUUAAAUGCUUAGGCUGAUUGAUUGAUUAAAUUAAUACUACAAACCUACUGUUGAACAUAAAUAGGCUACAUGCGAGGGAAAACACGGUGGUAACAUUCAGCGGAAAGUAGGUUAGGCUAUAGAAAUUGGCCAAAUUAAGUACUACUUGGUCAAACAUCUCCACAAGAUGAGAGACUAUGAUGAUAUCACAGAAUUUCUGGGCCAGAAGGGACCUUAUUUUUGGACAUCUUUUUUUCUGCUUAACUUAAUGUUCAUCAACGUCGGAUACGGUACUAUGUACAUUGUGUUUGUGGGUGCAUCGUCCGCUCACCAGUGUCAGAUACCCGAGAAUGUCAACCUAACGGAAGCCUGGAGGAGUGCCAGCAUUCCCGCAGAAAUGGUGAAUGGGAAGAUUCAAUACAGCUCGUGCAAGAGGUACAGUCUGAACGAAAUCAGCAAGCUCUCGGCUCUCAACUCCAGCCCUGUGGACAUAAACCUCACCCACAUACCGCAGGAGGGCUGCGUUGACGGCUGGACGUAUGACAGAUCCACAUUCUACUCCACUAUUAUCACUGAGUGGGACCUUGUUUGUGACAAUGAGUGGAAAGUACCAUUCACCACAUCCACUUAUUUCAUCGGGAUACUAUGUGGAUCUGUCACGUCUGGGCAAUUCUCAGACAGGUUUGGAAGAAAGCCCGUUCUUUUCAUCACUCUUGCGGCACACUUCGUCUUCCUGCUUAUACAUUCCUUCUCUCCAUCAUGGGAAUUUUUUUGCCUGGUGUUUUUUUGUGUGGGCAUUUGUCAAACGUCUGUGAAUGUGACAGCAUUUGUUCUUGGGACAGAAACACUAAGCAAAUGGAUGCAGGGCCUCUUCGCGGCCCUUGGAGCGUUCCUCCAUUAUUGCAUUGGCUACAUGCUGCUGCCCGCCAUAGCCUUCGGCUUUAGAGACUGGAGAACUCUGCUCUUCGUCUUGGCCUGUCUGACCAUCCUGCAUGUCCCAUUAUGGUGGUUGAUUUCAGAGUCUCCCCGUUGGUUACUGUCCCAAGGCAGAGUAAAGGAGUUUGAAGACAUUCUGAGAUACGCUGCCGACAAGAAUGGGGUCUCACUCCCAGACCCCAUCUUCAAGGAAUCAGAGUUGGAACGUUUCAUUUCUUACAAUGAAAAAAAACACACUAUCAUUGAUGUUCUGAAAGGCAGAAAUAUCAGAGUCAUCACAAUCAUGUGUUUGUUAUUAUGGCUAGCAGCAAACCUAGGGUACUUUGGGAUUUCUUUAAACACAUCCAACUUGAGCGGAGAUCCAUACCUCAAUUGUUUCCUGUCUGCAGCUGUUGAAGUCCCGGCAUAUUUCACUGCUGUUGUGAUUAUCAAGCGCUGUCCCAGAAGACCAGUUAUCUCCACCUUUUUCUGUAUAGGAGGGGGUCUCCUCUUCUUCAUUCAGCUCAUCCCAGAAAAUCUCACAGAGCUGGCGAUAUUCCUGGAGCUGUUUGGGAAAUUUUGCUUCACCAUGUCCUUCUGUGUGCUGUACAUGUACACGGCUGAGGUGUACCCAACCGUGCUGCGCAACAGUGGCGUUGGUAUAUGUUCUUCUACCUCACGCAUUGGGAGUAUCAUGGCCCCAUAUGUGCUGUACCUAGGUAAAUGGAACCCAUUUCUGCCCUACAUCAUCUUAGGAAGUCUCACCUUGGGGUGCUGUUCUGUCAACCUCUUCCUGCCAGAGACUUUUAAUCGGACACUGCCCGAAACUCUGGAGCAAAUGCAGAAGUUCAGGGGGUUUAACAAGUGUACCAAAGUAGAGGGCCGUGAAGAACAUGACCAAUCCAUUACCACAGAAUUACCACAGGAAGUCACAUUGAGAGAGUGUACAUUCUAAUUUUAAUUGCUAAUUUUGUAUUCCUUAUUGAUUGAAUGUACCAUAUUAUGUAAAAUAAAC